AAAGAGAGGAAGGGAUGGACGGGAGAAAGAGAGAGGGCACAGGUUCGUAAACGCCGAAAUCGGCCGAGUUGCUCCUCGGCGGGAGCCCAGUGCCGACCUCUCAGUCCCGCUGUGAACGCAGCAAGGAACGCUACGGAUCUUUCACCCUCGAUGCUCCAAGACGCGUUUUCCUCGUCUCCUUCGUGCGCAUCAUCGUCACGGGCGUCAUCGUCACAGUCGUGCUAGUCGUCUUUUCCAAACGUGCAUCGAGAAUCGUUUGGGUGUCCUAGUGGUCGAUGAAAAACGUGGCUCGAGCGCGGACAGACUGACGGUGUUGCGGUUCAACUCGAGUGUCGUGUCGUUUUCGAAAGCAACGCGACACAUCGGAGAAGAAUCAUUUCGAAAAUUUCGAAUUCUUCGCUUCACCGUUACUCGGAGUAAUUACCGCGGUUAGUAAUCUACUCUGAGUGAGAACGAAGGAAAGAACAACAAGAGAGAACAAGGGAGGAAACGAAAGAUACAGACGGAUGGACGUCGAGGGAAACGAGAGACGAAUUCGAACGAGUGCAGAGUGAGGUCGCGGAUGGACUUGUGCGCAAUCUUACGACGCGUAGUAGUACAGUGGUGUGAUACGAUUCUGCUUGCCGGCCGACGAUCGACAAUCGAGCGACGUAUCUCGAGCGCGAGUAUCUUCGAGCGACCCCGUCAAUCCGAGACAUGAUCUCGUUUCUCAACUGACCGAGAGGGCCGGAGAGAAGAAAAAAUCAGGAUCAGGAUGAUGAACGCGUUCCUGGACGGCGUGUCCUCGCAUCCGCACCACCUCGCCAACCUCGGCAUCAAGCUGUCGCCCAGCGGUGGCGGCGGCACCGCUGGAUCAACGGACGCCGGCACAGGUGUCCAACCGGCACCGGGCGACGCCCCGUCCCAACAGCACCACCACUUCCACCCCCAAGGAUAUCCCCCUCACCACCCCCAUCCGGCGUCCCACAUGGCGCCCCACAUGGGCCACCACAUGAGCCAUCAUCCCGGCUACGCGGCCCGCGACUUCCUCCUGCGCCGCGAGCACGAGUUCAACGCGACCGCGAAUCCAACCACGCCCGAGAGCGGGCUCGGACUGUUCACGCCGCUCCACCACGACGGGACGGCGGCCACCAUGCAGCAAUUCUCCCAUCAUCCGAGCCAGCAUCCCCUGGCGGCCGGCCACUAUCCCGGCCACUAUCCCCAGGACUCGAGGCUACCCCCUCACCACCAGUACCUGGCCGCCCCCCAUUUGACGCCGGCCUCGAUCCACCACCAGCAGCACUCGGCCGUCACCCAUCCGAGCCAUCAUCCCCACGGCGCGUUCCUCAGGUACAUGAGGAGCAACGGGAGCGGAGGUGGCGGCGGCGGCGGCGGCGGGGCCGGCGGGGCCGGUGGGAUCGGCGGCGGCCAGAGGCAAGAGAUGUCCUGCAUGUGGGUCGACCAGGACGCGCCCGGUCCCGGAAGGAAGCUUUGCGGCAAACUCUUCAACUCCCUCCACGACAUCGUGACGCAUCUCACCGUGGAGCACGUGGGCGGUCCCGAGUGCACCACGCACGCGUGCUUCUGGCAGGGAUGCUCGCGUAACGGCAGGGCCUUCAAGGCCAAGUACAAGCUCGUCAAUCACAUAAGGGUGCACACCGGCGAGAAACCCUUCCCCUGCCCGUUCCCCGGAUGCGGCAAAGUCUUCGCGAGAUCCGAGAACUUGAAAAUUCACAAGAGGACGCACACCGGCGAGAAACCGUUCAAGUGUGAAUACUCAGGCUGCGAGAGGCGGUUCGCGAACAGCAGCGACCGCAAGAAGCACAGUCACGUCCACACGUCCGACAAGCCUUACAAUUGUCGAGUUUCCGGCUGCGACAAGUCGUAUACCCAUCCUAGCUCGUUGCGCAAACAUAUGAAGGUGCACGGCAUGACCCUGGGCGAGGGCAAGAUAGGAGGGGGUUACGAGAGCGAGGGUGAAGAGAGCAGCAGCAGCGGGGGUAGCUUGUCCGUGACCGGGCACACCGAGUCGCCGCAGCCGCCCCCGGUCGUCCCGACAACCACCACGACCAACCCACCGUCGAGCCAUCCCUCGACCAGGGGCCCAGAGUUGACGGAGUGGUACGUCUGUCAGCCGCCAACGGUCGGUCCCCAGCACAGCCCGUUGCCGGGUCCACCGCCUCCCCAUCACCUCGGCGCGCAUCACUUCAACCCGCUGAUGCAUCACCAAGCGACCGCUUACUAGUUCCCUCCGCCGCCGAGGAAAUCGAGGAAUCGAGGGAUCGAGAAAUCGAGGAAGCCGAGGAAACCGAGGAAGCCGAGGAAGCCGAGGAAACCGAGGAAGCCGAGGAAACCGAGAAAAUCGAGAAAUCGAGAAAUCGAG